CACAGCUCAUAUUUUACCAGUGCUUAAUUUACCUUAACUACAUCACAUGACUGCUCAACAUUAAUCGGAGCUAAGUAUUCCAGGCACCAGUUUUGCAACGGACGAUAAGACUGGAGAGUGAGAAGGAAGGAGGAUGUUGAAGCUACUGUUCCUUCUGAUCCUUUGGAUUCCACGCCAGAUUCUUUCCUAUGUGAAACAGAUCUGGUCACGCAAACGCUACCCACCGGGGCCUUUCCCACUUCCUGUGGUCGGAAGUCUGUGGCGGCUGCUGGGGAUUGGCUAUACAGAGAGGACUUUCAGAAAGCUGGCAAAGCAUUAUGGGAACAUCUAUUCUUUUUGGGGAGGCAGUUUCCAUUUGAUUGUUUUCUCUGGAUACCAAGCGGUGAAAGAAGCACUGAUUGAGACUUCAGAAGUCUUUGUUGAUCGCCCAGUGACACCUUUUAUUUCAGACAUCACCAAAACCAAGGGUAUUAUUUUUUCAAACGGUCACACCUGGAAACAACAAAGACGGUUUGGUGUUGUUACCAUGAGGAAGUUGGGACUGGGGAAAAGUGGCAUGGAAUCCCAAAUCCAAGAGGAAGCCCAACAGCUUGUGGAAUUCUUUGCAGAUAAAAAGGGGCAGCCGUUUGACCCCUCCCUUCCCAUCAUGAAAUCGGUCUGCAAUGUCAUCUGUGCUCAAGCUUUUGGACAUCGCUUUUCUGUUGAGGACAAAGACUUUGUGAAGCUGAUGGAAGCCAGUUUUAAUGUCUUAAAUUUUUUAACCACCUUCUGUUACGCACUCUAUGAAGGUUUCCCACAUAUAAUGAAACAUCUGCCAGGCCCUCACCAGACUAUCUCACCUUCUGUAGNGAGGGUCGAGAUAUCUCCUCCUUAA